AUGGAGGUAAUGGAAGGAACCGUGUCCAUUACGGACUUCCUCACAGGUGCCACUAAGCCGGAGGCGGCGCCCGCUAAGCUGCAGGCCGAAACAUCCAGCGAGCUAAACCAAGUUUCUGGGCCCGCGGCUCCCGAAUCCGCAAGACAGCGCAGCGCUCCGCUUUUGGUGACCGCAGCGGAAACUUUCCCUACGGUUACUGAGUUGAGGCGGGAUGGUCAGUCACUGGGGGUUAGCCGCAGCAGAGUGAUUUUACAAGCGGCCUUGGGCAAGUACUCGCCGUUCCGAAGCGGGGCAGUCCGAAAGGAAGAGAAGUCGUCGUCAGAUGGCUCAUGUCCGUUCGGCCACUCUCGGUCGAGUCGCACGGUGGACAUGAAUAAGGUUAUUUUCCGGUACGACUUGAAUUCAGCUGGUUUGCCUGAAACCAUCGUCAGGGCCAGGCUGCCGUCAACGCGCUUAGAACCGGGUUUGUACGUCUCCCUGGCGAAGGAAAUGCGGGAGAUAUAUAGCCGAAGUCGAGACCGAGUAGAGGCCAGAGUGGAUCAGCAGAACAGCGACCGGAGAACGCGGGCAGUAGGUAGCAUGUUAUCUUCUGACAGCGAUGACGAGAUGUUUGAAUCCGUGGGAGGGUUUGACUCUGCCGUGUACAAGAAGUCGGAAUUGUCACCACUGACCGAGCUAGCUCACAACCCAUCGAGUGAGCGGUUUCCGGACGGUCGGGUGGUCAGCUCAGAGUCCGGAAUUGCGCGUGUAGAAGAGACAAUUGCUGGGGCCAAAUCGCGUUUCGAAGAGCAAGAGGCGGCCGAAUUGAGGGAGGCGGAGACGCGAAGGAAGUUGAUGGAACAAGUCCGACCUGCGGACCAUAACCCGUUUAGCAUCAAGAACGCCUCCCUCGUCCCUUUGGCGCAGCAACCAGUCUACUUACACCACAAGGAGCCUGCUAAUGCCCUCAUCUCCCGGAAGCGGCAUGCAGAACAAGAAAUCGACGUCGACAUCGAGUAUGGGAUUGAGCUUGAAGGCGAAGAAUACAGAUCCAGCAAUACACCUAUCAAACAGGGCGGCAAGAGACGUAAAGAUACAAAACAUAAAUAUGAGAACGUCGUAAAACAUUACAAGGCAUGA